AUGGUAGUUCAGUACACCAAGGUACACAAGUACGGCCACCAAUCUCCUCGCCAGCUUUUGAAACACUACCGAGUGGCUGUUCCAUCUUCCCAAAUAACACAAAAUACCCCAAUUGUAUACAUCCAUGGAGGUGCAUGGGUUGGAGAGUCUCACACUUAUAAUGAGUUUGGACCACUGAUUGAUAAGCUGGAUUUGCAAUUGAAUAAUGGUCCUUACACAACUGAAAGACACAUUGCUGAGAUCCAAUUUUUUGGUCUCGACUAUAGAGUGUCACCAGAAGUUGUUCAUCCUCACCAUAUCCUAGACGUUUUACACGCCUUGAGCUUUAUUUAUGAGCUGGGUGUCCACAAAGUGUCUCUCAUAGGCCAUUCGGCCGGAUCGACUAUGUGUACCCAGAUAUUGGAGUACGCAACUUUUUUGAGCUUUUACGGCGUUGAGUUCACUUUACCAGUUCCUGAGAUCGAAUCUAUUGUGUUUCUGGACGGCAUUUUUGACAUCCCCAAGAUGCUGGAGGAAUACCCAAGCUACCUACAUGAGUUUGUGGAAAUUGCUUUCAGAUCGGAGCAAGACUGGUCGAAAAAGUGCAAUAUGGUGCACUAUAGGAUGACAAACGAUCUAAAAAGGGAGAUUAGGGAGAAGUUUAAUUCCUUGAGAAAAACAAUUAUAGCCCACAGCACGAAGGAUGAACUGCUCAGCACCAGACAGCCCACAGAAUUUUGUAAGUGGCUUGAUCAAUUGCCGUAUACAUACUACAAGUACAUCGUUCAGGAUAUGGGAACACACAAUGAAACAUACGAAAGCGACGGUCUCGUCUCAAUUAUCAUACAACAUUUAUUGCACUGA